UUACUCGUCUAUCCACUGUCAUUGAUUGUAACAAGUGUUUACUUUCUACUCUAAAGUAAACAUUAAGUGAAUAACUUACUAUAAAGAUAUAUUGUUCUACAAAUAUACAUUAUUUGUGUAAUUUAGUGUUUGAUUGUGAAGAUAAUAUCAGUUAGAAACUUUUCAAAUUCAUAAAUUGCACAAAUUAUUUGGAAAAUGUCACAUAGUGAUAGUGAAGUGCGUGAUGAAGAGAAGGAAAGGAGAAGAAAAUUGGGAUCAAUUACUAAAGCCAAAUUUAGGUGUAGGAUUGAUUCUAAUCCAAUUCUCAAGACUAGAGAGUUGAAGCAACACCUGAAACCUAUUUUGGCAGAGUUGAAGUUAAUAAGAUGUGUGAAUAAUAAUAAUGUUGAAGAAACUAAAAACUUAUUAGAAUCUGGAGUUAGUGCUAAUUCCACUGAUUCAUUGAAGAGAAGUGCAUUACACAUAGCCGUUUCUAGAGGCUACAGGGAAGUAGUAGAACUUUUGCUCAAACACGGAGCAGACCCCAACAAGCGAGAUAGUAUACAAAACACGCCUCUUCAUUUAGCAGCUUGUUCUCAUAAUUUAGCAAUAAUCACACUUCUAAUAACUGCCGGGGCAGAUGUAGAUUCACAAGAUAUGCAUGGCAGACAUCCAUUACAACUAGCUAGAAGCAAGUUACAGAUCCUUCAAAGAUUUUGGCUGCAGGGUCAUAUAGAAAUGACAAAAUUGAAAACAGAAGUUAAAGAUGUAAUAGAUUUGAUGAUAUCAGUACAAACUGCCAAGAAAUGGGGAAGUAGUGAUUUUGCUCCUGCAAGCCCUACUGAGGAAGCAAAACAAAGAAUAAAUAACUUGGAAAAUAUGAAAUUAACUUUAAAUGAUGAAAGUGAAAUUGAUUACCAAUUUGAUCAUUUAUUGAUUAGCCUCCAGAAUUUUCAGAUUAGUUGAAUUAUAUAAGAUGGUGUAUGAAAUUAAAAAAAAUUACAAUUUGA